GCAAAUCUCGCAGGGCCUAGGGGGCCAGAAGAGGAUUCAGGAUCUUUUGUUAUCAGAUAGAGAAUCAGCUGUUAGAGACCUACAGAGAGUCUGCAAACAAGAGAACCAGGAGCAGACAAAUAAGCAAUAAGAGCUGAAGCCAACUGCACUUGAGCAACAUGGAGUACACAUUCAAAGCAGUAACUCAAAGCCCGGGAGUAAUUAUCUGGAGAAUUGAGAAAAUGGAGCUGGCCCAACUCCCAGAAAAAUCUUAUGGAAACUUUUAUGAGGGUGACUGCUACCUACUUCUGUCUACACAGAAGGUGAGCAACUCUCUGAGUUAUGACAUUCACUACUGGAUUGGCUCUCAGUCUUCUCAGGACGAACAAGGUGCAGCAGCUAUUUACACUAUCCAGCUGGAUGAGUUUUUGGGCUCCUCUCCAGUCCAGCACCGCGAGGUUCAAAACCACGAGUCCGAUGAGUUCAGGGGCUACUUCAAACAGGGAAUAAUCUAUAAGAAAGGUGGAGUGGCAUCAGGAAUGAAGCAUGUUGAAACCAACAUGUAUGACGUUAAGAGACUGCUUCAUGUCAAAGGGAAGAAACGAGUGACUGCUAAAGAGGUGGAGAUAAGCUGGAAGAGCUUCAACCUCAGUGAUGUGUUUUUGUUAGACAUUGGCAAGACCAUCGUUCAGUGGAAUGGACCCAAGAGUAACAGACAGGAAAAGCUCAAAGGCAUGUUGUUGGCCAAAGACAUCCGAGACAGAGAGAGAGGUGGUCGUGCAGAGAUCACAGUAAUCGAGGGUAAUGCAGAGAGUGACUCUCCUCAGAGUAUGGAGAUCCUGAAUGAUGCUCUCGGAGACAGAACCUCUGCGCUGACAGACGGGCUUCCGGAUGAAAUUGCUGACCAGGAACAGAAGUCAAAACUCAUGCUUUACCAUGUGUCAGAUGCUGAUGGCCAGAUGAAGGUCACAGAAGUUGCUAGCAGACCGCUGGUUCAGGAUCUCCUCAACCAUGAUGACUGCUUCUUCCUGGAUCAGGGAGGAAUAAAGGUCUUUGUGUGGAAGGGGAAAAAAGCAAACAAAGCUGAAAGACAGGCCGCUAUGAGCAGAGCUUUGGAGUUCAUCAAAGCCAAAAACUAUCCCAUCUCUACAAAUGUGGAGACCGUAAAUGACGGGGCAGAGUCAGCUCUGUUCAAGCAGCUGUUCCAAAGGUGGUCUGUGAAGGACCAGACUCAGGGUCUGGGUAAAGCACAUACAAGAGGAAAAGUGGCUCAUAUCACACAGGAAAAGUUUGAUGCCAAUCUGAUGCACUUGAUGCCAGAAGUUGCUGCACAGGAGCGUAUGGUGGACAAUGGUACUGGAGAAGUAGAGGUGUGGAGGAUUGAGAAUGUGGAGCUCGUGCCUGUGGACCCUGAAUGGUAUGGAUACUUUUAUGGAGGAGACUGCUACCUGAUCCUCUACACCUACCAGGUUAACAGCAAAAGGUGUUACCUGCUCUACAUGUGGCAGGGUCGUCAUGCGACACAGGAUGAGUUGGCAGCCUCUGCAUUUCAGGCUGUGGAUCUGGAUCAAAAGUUGGGGGGUGAGCCAGUUCAAGUGAGAGUAACAAUGGGCAAAGAACCGAGACACUUUAUGGCGAUUUUCAAGGGGAAAAUGGUCAUCUUUGAGGGGGGCACAUCUCGGAAAGGUGCUACUGACCCAGAGCCACCAAUACGGUUGUUCCAGGUCUGUGGUUCUGACCAGUCCAAUACAAAAGCCAUUGAGGUUCCUGUCCUGGCAUCCUCACUGAACUCUAAUGAUGUGUUUCUUCUGAGGAGCCAAUCAGGGAUUUAUCUUUGGUGUGGGAAGGGGUCGAGUGGAGACGAGAGAGCCAUGGCUAAGGAGGUCAGCACUGCGAUUGGCCAGAACUCACAGAGAGGCUCUGAGGAGUUGGUGGCAGAGGGUCAGGAGCCCAUUGAAUUCUGGGAGUUACUUGGAGGGAAAGCUCCCUAUGCGAGUGACAAGAGAUUACAGCAGGUGGUUUUAGAUCAUCAGCCGCGCCUCUUUGAGUGCUCCAAUAAGACGGGCCGUUUCAUCGUGACAGAGGUGACUCAGUUCACUCAGGAAGACCUCAGUGAGGAUGAUGUCAUGCUGCUGGAUACAUGGGACCAGGUGUUUCUGUGGAUUGGUAAAGAGGCCAAUGAGGUUGAGCGGAAAGAAUCUGUGGUAACAAGUCAGGAGUAUCUGCGCACCCACCCGGGAGACAGAGACCCAGACACCCCAAUUGUCCUGAUCAAGCAGGGAUUUGAGCCGCCCACCUUCACUGGGUGGUUCACAGCCUGGGACCCCUCCAAAUGGAGUGGAGGAAAGAGCUACGAGGAGUUAAAGAAGGAGCUGGGAGAUGUAGCAUCACCUUUGCAAGUUUCAACUGAGCACUGUACUGAGAGUGAGAAAACCUUACAGUCGUUUCCACCUGACACGUUGUGCAACAAGCUGGCAAACGAGCUGCCUGAAGGUGUUGACCCAACCCAGAAAGAGAAAUAUCUUUCUGACUCGGACUUCAACGAUGUGUUUGGAAUCACCAAAGACGACUUUGUGAGCAUGCCACGUUGGAAACAGGUCAACAUGAAGAAAGAGAAGGGGAUGUUUUAAUCAUGUUUAUCUGUAUUAUAAUUAGCUACUAGCAUUAAUGUACAAAAUGCAAGAGACAAUUGCUGGCUAACCACUUUAGCUUUGUUAAUCUAUUUAAGAAGGGUUGCCUAUAUGUUUUAUUUACAGUCAUAGAUUUGUUUUAAAUAACUGUCAAUAAUAACUUAAUAAUUCCUAUAACUUUUUUUACCUGUGUUGAUUUUCCUUUGCUCGUUAUGUUAUAACUAUAUUAAACACCUGUAUGGGUAAUUCUUCUGUUUAAGAGAAUUAAAAUACUCAGGUGAAGUGCAGGUUCUUAAUGAUUUUUUACAUUUAACUAACCCUGAACUCCCUCAUGAACAUCAGAUCAAAUGCAAGUAAGCAAAAAAUGGUCUACAAUGCCAUCUGUUGGUCAAAUAAUAUCACACAUAGUAUCUGGUAUAAUUACAGGUCUGUCUGCAGUAAAAGGAUUCAGUUGAUCCUCUUCCAUACAUUUUUCAUUCUAACUUGAAAACUACAACCACAUUUUUUUUUUAAAGUUGUUGAGAAGUCUUUCAAUGUAGUUUUCAAAGAUGUAAAUAAAAACAAAAAACCAUCAGCAUC